AUGACGAAAUCAAUUGCAAUUAUCGUCACAUCAACCCGCGCAGUGCGCGUCGGUCCUCACGUCGGCGAAUUUGUCAAAGAUCUACUGAGCAAGGAUCUUGGUGAUGCAACACUCACGACUGUAGACCUCGUCAAAUUCAAUCUACCCGUAUACAACGAAGCCCCUGCACCUGCGAUGGUACCGGCCCAAGCACAAUUCCAAUACGAGCAUAGUAAAGCCUGGAGCGCAGAGAUUGCCAAGUACGAUGGCUAUGUGAUGGUCAUUAACGAAUACAACUACGGUAUGGCUGGUGGCACAAAGAAUGCUAUCGACUAUCUCAUGAACGAGUGGAAGGGAAAGCCUAUUGCGAUUAUUAGCUACGGCAUUCAGGGAGGCACAUUUGCGAGCGAACAAGCCCAGAACAGUCUAUCGAGAAUGGGACUUCGGGUUGUACCAACACGCCCUCAACUAGCUUUUGCUGGCCAUCAUGGCCCAGAGCUCAUGCUAGCAAUGGGAGAAGGAAAGUUGGGCGAGGAAACAAAGAAGGAGUGGCUGGAAAAGAAGGCAGCCGACAUCGUUAAAGCGUUCGCAGAAGUAAAAGAAGAGCUAGAGCGAGCUCCUGCUGAAGGAACACAGCCGACGUCGGCCUAG